AUGGUUGAUAGAGAGAAAUCGAAUCAGGCUUGUUCCCAAGGGUUGAGUGAGAGAUUGAAGGAAGAUAGAAUAAGCGAAUUACCUGAUCCGUUGAUAUGUCACAUACUUUCUCAUCUUCCAACAAAAGAAGCUGUUUCCACAAGCGUUUUGUCCACCAGAUGGAAGACUCUCUGGCUUUGGGUUCCUAAGUUGAAACUGGAUUUCAGAGAAAUCCGAGAUUUCAAUGCCUUCGUGAGUUUUGGUGACCGGUUUUUCGAUUCCAGUAGGGUUUCAUGGAUAGACAAACUCAAGUUAACUAUUGGUAAACAUGAUGAUGAUGAUGGUUUUAAAGAUACAUCUUAUAUCACUUCAUGGAUUGAGGCUGCCGUAAAGCGUAAGGUCCAACAUCUACGUGUUGACUUUUAUCUAAGGCUUUAUUAUGAGAUGCCCAUAAGCCUUCAUGUGUUUGAGAAACUGGUAUCUUUAAAGCUGUUUUGUGUAAAAUUGAAUGAUGUCGAGUUUGUUUCCUUCCCUUGUCUGAAGACUAUGGAUUUAGCUUGUGUUUGCCUUUCCAAGCUUUCCAAUGAUGCUUUUGAGAGACUUGUCUCUUGUUGUCCUGUCUUGGAAGACUUAGAAAUUGUCCAUUGUUGGAAUGUUCCUCAACACCUUCGGGUGCAGUCUCGGUCACUUAAGAUGCUCAAUAUCGGUCACACCUUCGGGUGUAGUCAGAUUGAAAAUGGUCAGGGAGUUGUCAUUGAUGCUCCUCUAUUAUGCUGUUUAAGUAUCAUUGAUGAUCGAUCAAAAAGCUUCAUAGUUAACAAUAUGGAGUACAAUGCCAAGUUAGAAGUUGAUGUCACCUUUGGUUUAAAGGUUACUGACGAAGCAAGCAUUUCAUCGGGGAGAAGUCUCAUCCGUAGUUUUCUGUCAGGGAUCUCGAAGGUCGGGGAUUUGACGAUACAUCCGCAGACUUUCAAGGUUAUUAUAUCGGUUGAUGUCUGUAGGCGUAGGCUUGCCUUUCAUAUGUUCCCUUAUCAUUUGGGUCUUGUGAGUACAAAGGAAUGA